AUGGUGUCCGAGGUCCCCCACGUUUCGCCUCGCGCGGCUACUGUCCACUCUGCGACAGAGCUUAUCGGCAACACUCCUCUUGUGCGACUUAACAAGAUCCCCCAGUCGCUGGGAAUCGAGUGCGAUGUCUACGUCAAGCCUGAGCUUUUCAGCGCUGGCGGUAGUGUCAAGGACAGAAUCGCCCUGCGCAUGAUCGAGGAGGCCGAGAAGAGCGGCAGAAUCAAGCCUGGUGAUACUUUGAUCGAGCCUACCAGUGGAAACACUGGUAUCGGUCUUGCUCUCGUUGGAGCUAUCAAGGGCUACAAGACCAUCAUUACUCUCCCCGAAAAGAUGUCAGCCGAGAAGGUCUCCGUCCUCCGAGCUCUUGGCGCUACCAUCAUCCGCACACCUACACAGGCUGCCUGGGACGCUCCCGAAUCUCACAUUGGUGUUGCUCGACGUCUCGAAAAGGAGCUCCCCAACGCCCACAUUCUCGAUCAGUACAGCAACGAGAACAACCCGCUCGCCCACGAGCUCGGCACUGCUGAGGAGAUCUGGGAGCAGACCGGUGGAAAGAUCAGCGCCAUCGUCGCUGGCGCCGGUACUGGAGGUACUAUCACUGGCCUGGCUCGCGGCCUCAAGAAGCACAACAAGGACAUCAAGGCCAUCGCUGCGGAUCCCCAUGGCAGUAUCCUUGCUCUGCCCGAGCUGCUGAACCAGGAACACGUCAACGAGUCUUACAAGGUCGAGGGUAUUGGAUACGAUUUCAUCCCCGACGUCCUUGACCGCGAGAGUGUCGACAAGUGGUACAAGACUGAUGACCGAGAAUCCUUCCACCUUGCUCGCCGACUUAUCAGCGAGGAGGGUCUGCUUGUCGGUGGCAGCUCCGGUUCUGCCAUGGCUGCUAUGCUCCUCGCUGUCAAGGAGUACGGUUUCAAGAAGGGAGAUGUCGUGGUUGUCGUCUUGCCCGACAGCAUCCGAAGCUACCUCUCCAAGUUCGCUGACGACGACUGGCUCGCUGCCAACAACCUACUCCCUGUGAACGGAGUCGAAUCCACAGUGAACGGCAACGGCCAGAAGAAGAACUCCGAUCCCUACGAGGGUGCUACCAUCGCCGACCUGCGUCUCAAGCCAGUCACAUCCGUCGGUGCUACUUCCACAUGCUCCGAGGCCAUCGAGACCAUGCGCGACAAGGGUUUCGAUCAGCUCCCCGUCCUCUCUGCCAGCGGUAACAAGCUCGUCGGCCUCGUCACACUGGGUAACCUUCUGAGCUAUAUUUCCAGCGGCCGCGCCACGGCCCAGAGCCCCGUGUCCGAUGUUAUGUUCGACUUUGCGCGCCUCGACGAGAUCGUCACCGAUCCCCGCGAGUUCGCCUCCCCCAUCAACCCCGGCAAGCGCAGACAGUUUGUCGAGAUCACCAAGGACACACCCCUCACUGUGCUCAGCAAGUUCUUCGAGUGGAACAGUGCGGCCGUCGUCACCGAGAAGUCCGACGACUCCAAGUCGCUCUCCAAGCCCAUUGCUGUGAUCACAAAGGUUGAUCUCCUCACAUGGAUGAUCAACAAGAAGCUGUAG